AUGUCCGCCUCCGCCGACAGCUUGGACAACGUGAGUAUUAGUAGUUUCGACGAAGAAGUCCAAGAGCAGCGCGCGGAGCGCGUGCGGCAGCUCUACCGUGAAGACCGUGAGAGAAAGGCGGAGGCAAGGGCGGCAGCAGCAGCCGCCAAGAAGGAGCAGGCUGCCGAGAAGAAAGCAGCUAAGGCGGCAGCCAAGGCGAAAGCGGCCGCUCAGGGAAAGGACGCGAAGGGCAAGAAAACUGCACAGGAGCGCCGCGCUGCCCCUCCUGUGUGGCGUAGGACGAAGGCGGCUGCGGGCGGGGCCAAAGCGGUUUGCAAGAGAGAAGAGCACCGCGAAGAGGGGUCCACAGUCGAUGCAAGGUCGUACUGGGACCUCAAUGGCCCUCUGGACAGUGUCCAAGGCCUCCAGCAAGAGCUGGACUUUAACACGCCGCUGGAGCGUCCGGUCGACCCGGACGAGUGGUCGGAGAAAAAUAGGCCCAUUCUCAGCAACCGGCAACACCGCCGUACGGCUGUGGAAGCGGAACGUAGUGGAGCCUGCAGCCCGGCACCGCCCCAGUUUUUGUGGAGUUUGUCCAAAGAGGCAUCACAGGAAGUGCUUGGAGUAAUCGCUGGAGCCACCUGGUUAGAGGGAAUUUGGCGCUAUGCCAGGGCUUGGUUGGUUGGAAAGGUGUUUUUGUUGUGCUACUUGCAGCAAGGGGCAACCUGUGAGUUAGCCAUCACAGCAGAGGAACUCGCGGAACUGCGGCGCAUUGCGGCCGAACGUCCCUUGCCGCGAAAAGAAACCAAGAGAUCUGGAGAUUUGUUCCCGGAAAAACAUGGGGAGAAAUUCGGGGCCUCCAAAUUUCUGAAGUUUCCAAAGUUGGGAUUGACAUGCCCCUUCCUGACAACCAUGUACUGUCAAUGGUGGAAGCAGGCGCAUGCUGGGGCUCAGUACACCACGCUGGAAAUUGGGAUCCCCGGAGGCACUUUUCAGUUUACUGAUCAAGUACACAAUGCAGCCAGACUCAAGGUGGUGGACAAUACCAUGACGGAGCCGCAGGCGCGUGAUGGACAAUGCCAAGCCGGUCAGCCUUUGGUCGCCGAAGCUUCAGAGGUUGAGAACACCUGGGGUCAGCCCUUUGGGUCAGCCACCACAGUCGUGGGCUCGGGGCCUCAGGGACAACUUUCAAGUGCAGAUACCCUUCGAGCCGAUGAUGCGCUAGUCUUCAGGAUCGGCCGGGGGCCACCGAUGCGUAACGCUAUGUCCUGUGCCAAUGCCACCCCGAAGGUAUUGAUCCGUCCCAAAGCUCCAGUGAAAGAAUUGAUGGGCGGCAACUACCGCGUCUGUUACUCUGCCAAUGGCACCUUUGGUUUGCUACAGGCAGAUAUCACGCGCCAGAGAUUAGAAGUGAAUGGGGUCUUCGACCGAUCACCCAGUUGCACCACGACAGACUGCUUGAGUCGUCGACUUUAUCAAUGCUACAUGCGACGUGAAGAAUUCAACACUGCAGAUGGAAAGUACGGCCUGCAAAGUUCCUGUGUCGUGGACUACUCCUAUGCUGGCGCUGGUUUCUUCGGUCCACCCGGGAGAGGUAGUUGGACGGCGGAGUUUGUCACCACUUAUGAUGAGACGGGGACGGUGACCAAUGUGCAGGAGCAGCCUUGCGCACAAUCGGAACCUGCCGCCUUCAUUUGCCGCGAUGGAGGAGCAUGCGAGGCUGGAGAUCCUUACAUCACUCCGGAUGCCACGGUGUCCUCUAAACGGAUCAAUAUCCCCACCACUCGCAACGACCUCUUUGGAAUGGCGUUUGGCAGUACCACCACCUACAAUGCCCGGACAGUGGCGGCCUGCUAUUGCCCGGAUAGGAAUGGAUGUACCAACACGGUGGAUUUUAUUCAACAGAUUGGCAUCCUUCAUUUCUAUUUGAGCAAGGUCUGUCAUGCGGGCAAUGCGGCCUGCACAGAAGAUUUCACGGGCGUGACCGGACAGUAUCGUUUUCGAAUUCGCGUGGAGUGCCCCAGCGACGCGUGCAUGUUGAAUGAUCAAAACCGUGUCAAACUCGUGGAAAAGACCCUCUCGAAUGACUUACCUUCCUGGGAUAGCGGCAAUGGUUGCCGUACCGGCUUGCACGGAAACAUCAAUGGUCUAGAGGUCCUACCAACGACCCAGUAUGUCCCCAUCGACGGUUCGCCAACGGGCGUGCUGAACGAGCUCAACUGUGAUCAGGGCUCGCCGGUGGGGUGUCGACUGAGUGGAGGGACGCGGCAAGACUACAAGACCUUUGGUGGGACUUAUGGUUUUCGUUUCAUCCUGGGUUCGAGCGACCACGAGGCACGUGGGUUUCACACCUCCAAAGAGGUUGAUGUUUGUUACUGCAAUGGCGACUGCAAUGUCCGGCGGCCUAUGGACCAAGUGAGAGAGUCUCCGACAGGGCGCAAGAUGUCCCGGCCCUACCCGGCUGGUCAGUGCUGCGACAUCCAGAUCGGAGCUGCCGGCGCAGUGGAGCGUGGAAUUCGUGAACCAACCAGGGAUCAUUGGGCUUCAUCGGCCCUAUGCAGAUGGAGGUGUCCUAGGUUUACAGGAGAACAGCCUCUUGAAGUUGGUUCCAGACAAGGAGAAGCAAAUUGGCGACGAUGGCUGUGCUCUUUCUGGCUACAACAGCCAGUUUUCCCAGGGCCUUUCAAGCGAAGUCGCUGCCUCAACAAACUACUUGGGCAAACUGCAGACACAGACACCUCCAGAUUUGCAGAAGGUUGUCUUCAACACCAACUCUUUUGUCAACACAAUUACAGUGACCGAGGCGGGCACGUUGGCUGUGUGCUACUGCGCCGUCACGGUGGACAGUACGUGUCCGGUGCCAUCGAAUUGGAAGUUGGUGACACAUCUCACAGUGAAGGGUCCGCAGAUCAAUCAGCGCUGGACCUUCUCCACGAACGUGGUCUUUCGCUUCAGUUACGAGGGCUAUGGGCUCACCUCAGGCGAUACCAUUCGCAUCAUUUCGUCCGAUGGCAAGUGCACGGACAACAACUACAAUCCCAACACAGCUGCCUUUGCGUACACUGCUCUCAAGGUGAAGUGCCCGGUGCCCUGCAGCGAGGUGACCUUGACCAGCGGCACCGAGGUGGGCGAUCUCAGCACCAAGGCGCCUUGACCGAAGCGUGA